AUGGGAAGGGCAAGCAGAUGGGUGAUGAACUUGUUUCUGGGGAAAAAGGAGGAGAAGGGGAAAGACAAGUCUUUAUCCGAAAUGAGUGCCGGAACUUCAGUUGCAAUUGUACCAAGAACUCCAAUUUACAAGAGAAGGUGGAGCUUCGGCAGAACAACAGCGAAAGAGAAAGCUCACAAGAGUUCUAAAUCUCUAGACUUGAGCACCACCAAAACAAUAGUACUACAAACUGAUGCAGACUCAGAGAAUCAACAGAAUAAUAUGACCGUGGUAGCGGCAACUUCUGUAUCUGUUAUGCCAACAAAACAUGCAUCGGAUGGAAUAACCGUUAGAGUUGAAAAUGCUGCUGCUACCAAGAUUCAAGCCGCUUUCCAUACUUAUUUGGUACUUAUCCAAACUCACAUUCUACUUCCAAAAUCAUAUCGUAGGCAAGUGAAAAUGAUCAGACUAUUUAUGCAGGCAAAGAAAGCACUUUGUGCUCUGAGGAGUCUAGUCAAGUUACAAGCACUGGUAAGAGGUCACCUGGUGAGGAAGCAAACAACUACGACUAUUCGUUGCAUGCACGCACUAAUGUCAAUACAAGUCAGAGCUCGAUUUCAAAGAGUCCAGAUGGCUGAGGAAUCUGCUUCUAAAAGACUGUCUUCAAGGCACACAAAUACUCCUCUAGACAGCAGAUCCAGAAAAUCUCAUACCGAAACAAUCGGCGUAAAUGUUCAUGAGACACGCAGAGUUUGGAACAGCAAACAUGGCUUUCUAAAUCAUCCAGACAUGCGGCACAUAGAUAAUGGGUUAAACAGUUAUUUUUAUGGAGAUCUUUCAAUCUCAGAGCAAAAGCAUCAAUAUAAAGAGUUAUCCUUCAACACAGCACACACCAGCCCUAAUAAUCAUUCCAAAAUUACCAAAUCAAUUUCUGGGAGUGCUUCGUUCAGUUUUCAGCAGCACCCAAUGUCUAAUGACCAAUCUUUCCAGCCAAAUUACAUGGCAAACACAGAAUCUUCAAGGUCUAAAGCCAGGUCACAAAGUGAACCAAAACAGCGACCCAACAGGAGCAUGAAAUCAAAAGGCAAUGAAGUGAAUGGUCAACAAGAUGAAUAUACAGGACCCUCUUCUUCACGAUCAAAACGCUUUGAUCAUGAAAACCAUGACCUCUGGCUUGUCAAGUUUUACCAAACAACACAAACUCUCAAGGACAUGGAAAGUGAUGUCUACAGCAGAGUUUGUCACUCGAAUUACAGCAACAACCUACUUGCAUAUGAGAACCCUCUGAACCAACCAAAGAAUUUUUUUGGCACGAAUGACCAGCAAUUAGGUUCAGCUUCAACAAUAAAUGGAACUCUUCAGCAAAAUAUGAACAUACAUCUAGUGUUCAACAAGGUAAUCAACCCUGAAAAAGCUGUAAAUGCAUACAUAAGCUUUCCAGAAAGCACAUUUGGAUGUUUGAGAUUAGGAGUGCACCUUGUUUCCUCAUCCUUCCUUCUUGAUUAUAUUGUGAAUCUUCAUCAGGACAAAUUGGACAGCUCUAAAGGUUCAAAUCUCUAA